AUGAGAUUUUGGUAUAAAGAAAUUAUUUUGCUUGCAAUUUUAUAUCAUGGAAGCGCAUUGCGGAAGCAUAACGAUGAUGAAUUCAGAAACAUUAUCAUAAAAGACAUAAUGAAUAAAAUCGAAAAAAUUGCACAUACACUUUCCAAUGCAUUGAUUGAGAAAAAACCUAAAAUGUUGGCAGAAAUAGAAGCAAAGUUAAGUACCGCAACAAAGCAAGCGUUCGGAGACGAGGGAAAGAAAUAUGUCGAGCUAAUAAUGCAAGGGGUAAGAUUGAAAGCGUUUAACCGCACUUUGAAUGUUUCUAAAGAAAUUGACACACCGCGGUUUAAAGCAAAAAAUGAUUUUAUGUCUGAAUCCAUUGUCGAUGAAUAUCAAAGUAGUGAACGUAUUGUAAAAGAUCAUAUGGCUAAACAAAUUACGGAUAAAAUUGAAGCUUUUGCAAAGAUGUACAUGAUGAAGUUAAAAUCAUCUGACGAUAAACGUAAGUUCUUAGAAAACGUUCGGAAAAAAAUUUUAGAGAUGGCAAAAACUAAACACUUUAAAGGAUUAAACCAUAACGACAUAGUGAAUUAUAAUGAAAUGAUCACAAAAAGUAUAAAUGUUAUUUUGAGAAGGAAUCUCGAACAGAGCGCAAGAAGAACGUUAUUUAGUCAGGAAAAAACCCAAAAUUCCAGUGACGAAUGGUUGGAAUAUAGAGAAGACAAAAAUCAUGAUAUUGAAAAUAACGAAUUGGAAAAGGAAUGCAUCGUAUCAAUUGCAAAGGCUUGUUCUGAAGUUAAAUUUUUAAAUAAAUUUACAUGUCAGGUUAAUUGCUCAGAAUCGGAUGUUAUAAAUAGCACACAUCAAGCUGAUAAAUUAUUGCAUGAUGCGAAAAAUACUUUAAUCGAUAUGAAGCAGUCAUUUGAAGAAAACUGCCUUUCGGAUAAAAUUAAUGAAACUCGUACAUAUCGAAAUAUAAUAAGCGACUUAAUAAAAGCUCAAAUAAAUGUUGUAAGUGAUUUUCAAGAUAGUUUUCAACCGAAUAAAGAAAUUGAAAAUAAUGAAGAAACACUAAAAAAGGUUUUAGACAUUUUAAACACAAUAGCUCUUAAUCUGAGUAAAGGGAUUUGCUCCCGCCAAGAAAAAGCUAGUGGACUUGUAGCCAGUGCCCGCCGGUUUAAUCAGAUAUUAAAUGAGGAUUUAGAACAAAUAGUAAAAGACGGCGUUUUAUUUCCGAAAUCAUGUGUUUGUGACAAAGAUCAAUGUAUAUCUAAUGAUUGUAUUAAGUCUUGUAAAAAUUUCUGCAUACUUCAUUAUCAUUUGGGACGAUGGAGCUGUACAGCUGUCAGUGGAAAUUCGAGCAUUACUUUAAAUGCAAUUUGCGAUGGUAAACUUGACUGUUAUGAUGAGUCUGACGAAAGUGAAUGUACCACAGGCAAAGGAAGAGACAAAUUCAAAGCUAACGAAGCAUUUUUACAAAUAAUUAAAAUAUUCGAAAUGAAAAUGGCAUCAAAAGACUACUACCGCAUAAGAAAUGAUCUCAUUAAAUUAUAUAACUCAGUAAUUAAAUUACAACACUUAAGCACAGCCCCGAAUCCUAGACUCAAUAACAUCAGAACAAUAAGAAAUAGAUGUUUUGCAUUGUUGUCUUCAAUUUAUGGGAAUUUUAUGAGAAAUUCGUUCAGUAGCUAUGAGGCUGAAGAAAUAUAUAGGUUUUUAUAUAUGGUUAAUACGAAUUUAGUAACUGCUCUGAAAUAUUCGAAUACAGGCAAUGUUAAAAUUAUUUCUUCAUCUCGUUGUAUAUGUAAAAAGAACAAAUGUAUAAUGUCGAAAUGCUCGUUGAAAUGCACUAGAGUCUGUUCAGUGGAAAGUGUAUUAAGUAGAUAUCACUGUAAAGAUAGUCCGCGAAAUCGUUCCAUACCCGUGGAAGCUGUAUGUAAUGGAAAAAAUGACUGCCGACGUGGUGAUGAUGAGGAUAAUUGUAAAGAGGAAAUUUGUCGAACCCAUCAUUUAUUAUUUCUUCGUCAGAAUAUACAAGAUGUGGGAAUAAAGCGAGACGGAACAACAUUAGGAGAGAUACUUAAAUUUUGGAGAACGAAGGUCACACAAAUGCUUCUAGUAGCUGAAAAAGGCGAAAGGCCUACUCCUAAGAUUUUCAAGCAAAUUGUCAAAGAUAUGCUGCAAGAUUUGGUUUACGCUUAUGCAUCUUUAGACACAAGCAGAAGGAAAAAUACAAAUAACGAUGUUCAAGAGUUUUCCGAUGUCGCUCAAAGAGUUAUAAAUGCUUUAAAAAGUUGUGGAAAGUGA